AUGAGAGAGACAACAAAAGAAAAAAAAAAAAAAAGAAGCAGUACACUAUUGAAAAUCAACAUUAUUACAGGUCGUUGUCAAAUUCAAAUAUCCUUGAUCAAUGCCAUGAGUAAACGUGUCAAUUUACCAUAUAGUACCCAGGAUUUAUUCCCUCAAUCAGUAACAACGCCUUCAUCCCUGAGGAUGGCAGGAGGUACAAGUACAAGAACUGGAUCAAUUGUAUCAAAUCAAUCUUCCAUGUAUAUGCCACGUCCUACUUUAAAUUAUGGCUGGUCAUCAUCUUCAUCUUCAUUAACAUCAGGUUCCAAUUUAGCAUCUAGAUUGAAUAAUAUUAAAACAAUGAUAAAGAGGUUAUUUAAACCAAAAACAUUGGAUUUUGAGACGGCAAUUUGGGAGAUUUUCCAUCUAAUCAUAAAUCCUCGUAAAAUGUACCGAUCUCAUUAUUUUUACAAACAACAGCAACUGCAACAAGAUCUGUUUAGCACGAAUUCAUAUUCCAGAGAUGAUCCAAGCUUUCUAAUUCUUUUGACUGGAUUUUUAUCAAUGAGUGCUGUUGCAUGGGGGAUCGCCUAUCUGCCUAGUUUGUUGGAUAUUUUCAAAUUGAUUGUCUAUAUGGUACUUGUUGAUUUUUACUUGACUGGUAUUGUAAUUGCCACUGUUACUUGGAUACUUAUGAACAAGCUAUUUAAUGACGGGAUUCAAUUUAGUAAAUAUAAUGUGAAUUAUGUUUCCUGGGGAUUUUGUUUUGAUAUACAUUGUAAUUCAUUCUUGAUUAUAUGGUGUUUAUUAUAUGUUGUCCAAUUUGUGUUGUUACCAAUCAUCCGAAUCAAAGGUUCAAUUAUUUCUUUGGUUAUUGGGAAUCUGUUGUAUUUUGGUAGUAUUGGAUAUUAUUUUGUUGUUUCCUUUUAUGGAUUUAAUUCAUUGCCAUUUAUCAGUGCAAAUUUUGGUUCUACCAACAAUAAAAAGAGCCCAGCUAGAACCCUACAAUUAGUGGUUAUUGCUGGUGUGGUGCCAUUAUUGGCGGUAGCCUGGUUAAUAACCUUAAUUUUUAGAUUCAAUGUUGCCGACAGUAUGGUAGACACUUAUUUCAACUAA